AAAUCUCCUAUCACAAUAUCGUCAUUUGCCAUCUGCUUAUCCCUUAUAUUCGAUUGUUGCAUCGCUGCACACUUUCAUUCAUUCAGUCCUUUUGUAGCGAGGAUCUAGUGGCUAGGAAUUCUCGCGAGCAACCCUGCUCCUGUCAUCCGAACUUUCGGCUCGGGAGAUAGGGUCGGACAGGCACAAGGUUCAUUCUGGCCAGUUCCUCCUACCUCUAUCUGGGGUCUUCAUUCCGACAUUGCAAGGACAAGUACAUUGCUUCUACACGCUAUUUACAAUGUCCUCUUUCCAUGCCUACUUGGCGAAGCACCGUGACUUUCAAGACCGCAAGGCCUCUUCAUCUCGUCUGCAUUCGCUCUACUCUGAUCUGUCCCGACACAAGAACUCCAACCCGGCGUCCUUCCGGGCAAACAUUGAGUGGUGGAGAAAAGUGUUGACAGAAACGCUCAAAGGAGGUAUUCAAGGCGAUGCGGCAACUGCGACUACAUCUGCAGAUGUGAAAGGUAAAGGCAAAGCCUCCAGCGCUGAUCGAAUCGUGAUGCAUGUCAACGAGGACUUCAAGGAGAAGUGGACACUCAGCGAUGUUGGGAGGCCGCUCGGGCUUGGCACAGUCAUUCUCGAGCUUGCUAACGCGUUCGAGUUGGUGCGAGCAUCAGAUUUUAUGGCAGCGGAGAAGGCGCUUCCCGGCCCGUCAAAAGGGGCAAAAGGGCGCUUAAUUUCUCCGACGAAAGUGGCAUCAUCAUUAGCGAUGGAUGUUCUUACAUGGGCGCUAGCCCAGCUUGGCGUUGGGUCUGCGGAAGAUGAUGAGGAUGAAGGCGGUGACGCGAAAGCGUGGAAGGAGGCUCAAGGUGAUUGGGUCUGCUGGGAAGCUGUAGAUGAAGCGGCCCAGAUUGUGCUACGGGAGCACUACGAGCACAGGGCCCUGCUAUCCUCGCUGGAUUCUCUUUACACCAAGGAUGACUUUCAGGGAAAGUUGUGCACAAGGGUAGUAUCCAAAUGGGGAGCUUCAAACGCGGGGAGCGAGCCUCUUAGCGCGAGAGAUCUCGAUGCGUUGCUGAAGCAUCUUCAGAGGGAAUACAGCGCCGUUUCUGUCGAUAAUGAAAUCGUUAAAUUUGCUCUGCGAAAGGGUGAAGCCGCGCAAACAAUUACACUACAAGAUAAGAGCGUUGUGAGCUUGCGCGAAACGCAUAUGAGUCUCGAACGGCAGAUUGUGGACAUUGGAGAGCGUAUACAGGCGUGCACGAGAAAGAUCAAAGAAGCGCUGUGCGCAAGGUCGCAAGAGCAAGCAAAAUCCUACUUACGCUCGCGCAAGUUGCUAGAAGAGCUGCUCCUGAAGCGCACUGGCACAGUGGAGACGCUCGGAUCUGUCUUGGUCAAGAUCGAGCAGGCAGCUGGUGAUGCUGAAAUCGUUGCAGCGUAUGAGCUUUCAGCGACAACUCUCAAGAAGAUUCUCUCUGACCCGUCUCUGCAAGUGGACCGCGUCGAGAACACUAUGCAGAAACUUUCCGACGCCAUCGCAGACCAGCAAGAGAUCCAAGAGAUGAUUCGCAGCGGCGUACCUCCGUCUGGUGAGAUAGACGAGGAAGAGAUCAUGAAAGAGCUUGAGACUCUGGAACAAGAUGCAAAGAGCGAAGAGCCUGUCAAAAGAACGGCCGACACCGUGAAGCCCAUGCUUCCCCAGGUACCGGCGAGCAUGCCCGAAGCCGCCAAGUCCACGUCAAGCACCAUUAAUUCUUCGAGAUUUUCGGCGAAGGAUGGCUUGCAGGAAGUGACAGCAUCGAUUGCAACUGAGGAAGUGCGAGAAGAAUCUAUCGUAGUUACUUGACGAGCGAUUUCGUCAGCCACAGUGUAGAAUUAAAUUGCCAUUUGCAACUGCAAGAAAU